AAUUUUAGGACCAUAUCGGUCGUUACUGUUUCGAUUUCGACAAUAAAAGGGAUCGCGCUAACUGCUGACAAAUCACUCGACUUCUACGGUUUGACUAAUCAAGAAUGAUGAAAGUAUUGAUCGCCCUUGUUUCGCUGUUGGCCUUGUGUGCCGGCCAGCUCACCAACUUGACCAACUCCCAAGAAUUGGAUCCGGCUGGUAACUUCCGUCUGAGCUGGGAAGUCCUCCCUGAAAGCGGAGACAUCGUCUUGGAGAUUCAAGCUAAAACUGCCGGAUGGGUUUCGCUGGAGAUUGUCACCGACGACGGUAAAUACGCCGAUGUCAUUUUCGCAGGCUUCAACGACGAAACGGGUUCCGGUUACAUUGAGGACUGGAGUCUUGAAUGGACCCCCGGAGCUCACUUGCUUCCCAUUCCGGAUGCAAGCAAAGAUGUGAUCUUGCAAACAGCUUCUUUCAGCUCUCCCAACACCACUGUCCGCGUCAAGCGAUCACUCAACACCGGAGAUUAUUACGAUGUCCCCAUUCACAGCGGUCAGAUGCCAAUGGGCUGGUCUUACAGCGCUUCGGACGCCUACGAUUCGGUCCAUGCAGCUGCUGGAUUCGUUUACAUCACCUUCUUCUAAAAAAUAGAGGAAACAAAUUUAUCGACAGGAUUUAAAGAUAAACUAAUACAAACCAUUUGAGCAUCACACCUAGCGAGAACACGUAGCAAACAAAUGCAUUAUAACAAUGAGAAAUAUUGAAACAAUACAAUACUUUUGAAAGUAUUAUCAUAUUAUGUAUAGUAACGAUUCAAAAUUCUACAUUACAAUAAAUGUAUGAAAUUGUAAACGCCA